AUGAACGCCAGCACCGAAUCGGGCUUCUUUCGGGAAACCUUCAUCAUGAAGUACAGCCCCAAGGUCUCUCGCCGCGCAUCAACAUCUUCCCUGGCCUGCGACGUCAUGGACGUCGAGGCCUCCUCCCACAACCUCCACGUCCCUUCUUCCUCGAGUCCCUCGUUCCUGCCCUGCACGCCGCUCUCUCGGCUCUCGCAGAACGAGUUCCUCACGGGCGUCUUCCACUUCAAGCUACGUAGCCCGUCCCAGAUCCCUAGCAAGGACGACCACUCCACGCCCGUGCCCGAAGCGCUCGAGUCGGCGUAG